CAGCUACGAAGCUUGAUACCGUUGCGAAGAGAAAGUCUCCACGAGCAUCACAGAGUUUACGGAAUCGAAUUCCGAGCUCAGACGAGGGAGAAACAAGGCCGGGAAGUUGGUACGCGAGUUUCUUCGUUUGACGUCCAAACGACGAACCGUUUUCGCCUACAGGACCGUAGAAUCAAGGAGAAUUUUUAGGAGCCAAUCUC